GUUGCAAGAAUGUUCACUAUGACCUUGUCUUCAUCUUGGAUGCCUCCUCCAGCGUUGGAAAAGAAGAUUUUGAGAAAGUUCGGCAGUGGGUGUCUAAUUUGGUGGAAACUUUUGAGAUUGGCCCAGACAAAACCCGUGUAGGUGUGGUGCGAUACAGUGAUCGUCCAACCACAGAGUUUGACCUGGGAAAGUACAAAACCCGUGAGGAAAUCAAAGAGGCUGCACGAAAAAUUAAGUAUUAUGGGGGUAACACGAACACUGGAGAUGCUCUCAGGUACAUCAACACCUACAGUUUUUCCAAAGAAGCUGGUGGGAGACUUAGUGAUCGAACAGUUAAAAAAGUGGCUAUCCUUCUGACUGAUGGAAGGAGCCAGGAUUAUGUCUUGGAUCCAGCCACUGCAGCCCAUCAGGCUGGGAUUAGGAUCUUUGCUGUGGGAGUUGGCGAAGCCUUAAAAGAGGAACUCGAUGAGAUUGCUUCAGAACCCAAGUCUGCUCAUGUGUUUCAUGUCUCCGAUUACAAUGCCAUCGAUAAAAUUCGGGGGAAGCUGAGAAGACGUCUCUGUGAAA